AUGGCACCAAUCCUCCCAUCCACUCCCUCCCUCCACCUCACCCCCGAACCUCUCACCCCCUCCGCCUUCGCCCCCUUCGGCACCGCCAUCAUCCCCCCAAUCCCCCGCACCCUCACCGCCGCCCCGGCCGAUCUGUCUUCUCUCCCCGCGCAGCACCACGCUCCGGCCCCGGCCCUCGCGAACCAGUCCUCCGCGCUGAAAUAUAGCCCUAUAUCGCCGGUUCUCGAUGAAUAUGCGAGUCGGAAGUGCGCCAGCGGAAAGGCCUCCGCAGCGAGAAUGAGCAUGUUUGCUUGUUUUCCGAGGACGUUACGAGCCGCGCAAGGGGAGAAGGUGUUUGAUGUGCGGAUUCUCGAGCGACACCCGUUUACCACGCAGACGUUUACGCCGAUUGAUUUGAGCGCUGCCGGGGAAGAUGAACCGAAGUUUCUCGUGAUUGUUGCGCCGUCGUUGAAAGGCGAGACGGUGACGGCUACGACUGCUGGUGGGGGGAGUGUGACGAUUCGUGACCCGCCGGAUUUGAAGAAUAUGAAGGCGUUUCUGGCCACGGGGGGUCAGGCCGUUACGUAUGGGGUUGGUACUUGGCAUGCGCCGAUGGUGGUGUUGGGGGGGAGACGGGUGGAUUUUGUCGUUGUGCAGUUUGCGAAUGGGGUUGAUGAGGAGGAUUGUCAGGAGGCGGAGUUCGGGGAGGGAAUUGUGGUGGGAUUGAAGGGUGGCGAGAGAGCUAAAUUAUAG